AAUCGCCUAGAUUUCUCAAUUUUUAAUAAAAACCAAGUAAACCAUCCAUAAUCAUUUUAUUUCAUUUUAAUUUUAUUAUCGCCAAUAAUUCAGCUCCUUAAUAACUAGGAAGUAAGUAUAAUCAUUAUAACCUACAUUAUAAUUUGUUUAUUUCUUUUGUCAUUCGGUUUUGUUUUAAUCCCAAAAAAUUUACUUUUGUUUUUAGAAUUUAUUUAUUAAACUUACUCUUGCAUGCAAAUAUGUAUGUAUGGGUGUUGAAAUUGGGAGACCACUCGAAAUUCUGCACGGACGCUUUUGCGACAAUCUGGCGAGGCGCCAAAAUUGGAGGGUAUUCCAGUCUCCAAGCACGGUUUGGACUUAUAAAAUCCCCCAUGGAACAGCGGAGGUUUCCAGUGAAGCUUCGAAGGGUGCCCACGUUGCCCGCAAAGUUCUUGAAAUUACAACUUUAACCGCAGUACUUAUAAUCCGCGAAAAUGUUGUCUGUCCGUACAAGGAGCGAUUAUGAAAAGAAAAUCGAGUCGGCGGGCGACAAACUCGUCGUCUUGGAUUUCUACGCUGAUUGGUGCGACUCCUGCAAGGAACUCGAGGGCACCGUGAAGGCGCUGGCCAGGAAGUACUCAUCCAAGGCAGUGAUAAUCAAAAUCGACGAGGACCGCUUCGUAAAUCUGGCGGAACGCUACAAGAUCGACUUUAUCCCCACCUUCAUCUUUCUCAAGAAAAAGCACCGCGUGGCCUCGUACUCCGGUGGCAAUAAGAUAAUGCUCACCAGGAUGAUGGCCAGAUUGGUGAAGUCCUAAGUCAUAUAUUGGAGCAGGCUCCCAUUUAUGUAAUCCAUGUGAAUGCAACAAUUUGCUUAAUAAUCUUAA